UCCGUGAAAGUUGAAGUAAAAACCUACACAACGAAUAGCAACAGUCUGCCUCGUCCAUUGCGACCAGCCACAUAUCUCACGUUAAGCUUCGAGGACGGCAAGUCGGACAAGGAGAUCCUGGACAACCUGCUGCUGUCGACCCGUUACGACAAGCGGCUUCUACCCCCGGUCCAAGGUACACUGAGGCCCCCGCCCCACACCCGCCAAGACGACUACACCCCUGACCACCUCGUACCCAAUGACCCUCAUCAUCCAGAGCACCUCGAACACCACCGGCACCGCUACCACCAUACAGCACCACACAACCACAGCUCACUGCUCACCCCUCGUCAAAAGGAUGCGGAUUUCUGCUGCGGAAUGCGAUGGCCUGGUGACGCCACCGGCCUGUCGAACCGGUCGUCGACCUCCUCUAACGACCCCAAGAACCAGUACAAGAACCAGAACAAUAACCACUACACGUCGCACCAACACCUUCGCACCCACCUUCGCGGAACCUUGACCGUGAACGUGAGCGUGCUGUUGCUAAGUUUGGCUUCCCCGGACGAGUCCAGUUUGAAAUACGAGGUGGAGUUCUUGCUGCAACAACAAUGGUACGACCCGCGAUUACGAUACAGCAACCGGUCGCAAUAUGAAUUCUUGAACGCGAUUCAUCAUUACGAUGACAUCUGGUUGCCGGACACGUACUUCAUAAUGCACGGAGACUUCAAGGACCCGCUCAUACCAGUUCACUUUGCCCUACGUAUAUAUCGCAACGGCACGGUCAACUAUCUUAUGAGGCGUCAUCUCAUCCUGUCCUGCCAGGGUAGACUCAAUAUCUUCCCCUUCGAUGACCCACUGUGUUCAUUUGCGAUCGAGAGCAUAUCGUACGAACAAACGGCGAUCACGUACGUGUGGAAGAAUGACGAGGGCACGUUGCGGAAGAGUCCUAGUCUAACGUCGUUGAACGCAUACCUCAUUAAGAACCAGACAAUCACGUGUCCGAUCAAAGUAAGCUGGAGAGGUGAGUUGUAGGGUAAACGGUUCGUUCGAGGAAGGAAGGAAUAGGUGAAUAAUUAAUUAA